AUGCCGGAUCCGGGCAGGUUGGUGCUGCUGCUGUUGCUCGCGCCGGGCGCUUUGGUGCUCGUUUUGACGCCCGCGUGCCUCCUCGCGCACCCGCAGCCAUGCCAGAUCCUCAAACGCAUCGGGCACACGGUGCGCGUCGGAGCCGUGCACCUUCAGCCUCGCGCCGCCGUGACGCACAGCUCCAUCAGGAAGAAAGAGUUGGAGAUUGGGGAUUGGGAUUGGGACCGAGAAACGGCUCGGGAAGAGCUCGAGGUAGUCAGGAAAAGUCUGAGUGUGAGUGAACCUGGCGCGAGACCUGGCAGGACUAACCAACAAAAAGGCGCGAAAAUUAAGAAACCUGUAGAGAGUGCGUUUCUGCCCAGGGACUCGAUUUUCAUGGCUGCGGAGACUCUGAACCGAUUACCGAACCUGUUACCGUUCAACCUGUCCUUGGAGAUAGUCAUGGCUGUAGAGCUGGGACUCGGAGAGCUGCCGGCUUUCUCCUUCUUCUCCUCUUCACCUCCACCUGUGGGUUCCGACCCCAUGUCGUUCCUGCAGAGUGUGUGCCACACCGUCGUGGUUCAGGGAGUUUCAGCCAUCAUGGCGUUUCCACAAAACAGAGACGAAUUCGUCAAGUUGGAGUUUGUGUCCUCUUCACUGCACAUCCCGGUUAUCAGCGUCGUCCAGAACGAGUUCAGGCGCAAGAGUCGGAACUCGCUCCAUUUCCAGAUGGCCAUGAAGAAUCCCCAGACUCCUCAGGCAGACUUAAUCUACUCUCUUCUUUCCAUUAAUAAUUGGUAUGACGUGAGCCUGUUGAUGUGCCAGGAGCUGAAUAUCUCCCAGUUUGUGUUUUUGCUUCGCAACAAUUCCAAAUUUCACUUGGGUUCCAUAGUCAACAUUUCCAUCAACAGCAGCAGCAAAAGUGACUUUCAGAUGUCCUUGCAGGGUCACAUGACCUCCGUCAAGGACAUAAUGUCCACCAUUGUGACUUUUGGAUGUGAUAUUCGGGACAUAAAGAGGAUCUUUGUAACCAUAGCGAAGCUUGGUUUAGUGCUGCCAGACUACCACUGGAUUAUAGGGGACUCACAGAACGUGGAGGUGUUAAGGACCGAGGGGCUGCCGAUGGGCCUUAUGGCGCACGGGCGAAUGAGGCAGCCAGCUCUGGAUCACUAUGUCCAAGAUUCAUUGGAGUUUAUUGCCAGGGCCGUUGGAUCAGCUGCUACUGUUUCUCCGGAGCUGGCUCUGAUCCCUGGUAUCACAAACUGCAUGAUGAUUGAGGAUAGAAAUCUCACCUCAGGAAAAUAUCUGUCAAGGUUCAUGACCAACACAUCAUUUGAUGGGCUAAGUGGCUACAUUCAUGUUCAGGAUGAGUCUACCAUUAUCUCCGAAAGCCACCACUUUAUUUGGAAUCUGCAGCACGACCCCUUGGGGAACCCUGCAUGGACACGACUUGGCAGCUGGAAGCAGGGUAAAGUGGUACUUGACUAUGGAGUUUGGCCUAGCAAGAAACGUUCACACCCGGGUGGCGAUAGGAGGCAUUCAUCUAGGUUGCACCUGCGAGUAGUGACACUGGUAGAGCACCCAUUUGUAUUCACGCGGGAGGUGGAUGUCGAUGGUCAGUGUCCAGCAGGGCAGCUCUGCCUUGACCCACUCACCAACGAAACAGCGGUUCUUGAUGCCCUCUUUCAUGACUUGCAGUCUGGCAAUAGCUCUGUUCCCACCGAAAUCAAGAAAUGCUGCUAUGGCUACUGUAUUGACCUGCUGGAGAAGCUGGCUGAGGAUGUGGGUUUUAACUUUGACCUCUAUAUUGUGGGAGAUGGAAAGUAUGGUGCCUACAAGAAUGGCCGCUGGACAGGCCUGGUGGGUGACCUGCUGAGUGGUGCAGCGCAGCUGGCCGUUACUUCAUUUAGCAUCAACUCAGCACGAAGUCAGGUUAUCGACUUCACCAGCCCUUUCUUCUCAACCAGCCUGGGUAUCUUGGUAAGGACAAGAGAUACGGCAGCACCCAUUGGCGCCUUUAUGUGGCCCUUACACUGGAGCAUGUGGCUGGGCAUUUUUGCAUCUCUCCAUGUUACUGCUGUGUUCCUUACCCUGUACGAGUGGAAGAGUCCAUUUGGGAUGACACCCAAAGGCCGAAACAGGGAACGUGUCUUUUCCUUCUCUUCAGCACUCAAUGUUUGCUAUGCUAUCUUGUUUGGCAGGACAGCUGCCAUCAAGCCACCCAAGUGCUGGACAGGCCGAUUUCUAAUGAACCUCUGGGCCAUAUUUUGUCUGUUUUGUCUCUCAACAUAUACAGCCAACUUGGCUGCCGUGAUGGUUGGGGAAAAGACAUAUGAGCAGCUUUCAGGUAUACAUGACCCCAAGCUCCAUCAUCCAUCGCAGGGUUUUCGAUUUGGGACUGUACGCGAGAGUAGUGCUGAGGAUUACGUGAAAAAAAGCUUUCCAGAAAUGCAUGAAUACAUGAGGAGAUAUAAUGUUCCUACAACCCCUGAUGGGAUAGACCACCUUAAGAAUGAUCCUCAAAAACUAGAUGCUUUUAUUAUGGACAAAGCCCUCUUAGACUAUGAAGUGUCCAUUGAUGCUGAUUGUAAAACUCUCACAGUGGGGAAACCAUUUGCAAUUGAAGGCUAUGGCAUAGGUCUCAAGCAGAAUUCACCACUCACUUCAAAUAUCUCUGAGCUGGUUAGCCAGUACAAGUCAGAUGGAUUUAUGGACAUGCUGCAUGAUAAGUGGUACAAAGUGGUGCCCUGUGGGAAGAGAAGUUUUGCUGUGACAGAGACUUUACAGAUGGGGAUUAAACAUUUCUCAGGGUUAUUUGUAAUGCUGUGCGUAGGAGUCGCUUUGUCUCUCCUCACCACUAUUGCUGAACACGUUGUUCAUCGUUGGGUGAUACCCAAGAUGCAGAACAAACCGCAUUAUUGGCUUCAUACAAGUCAAAGAUUGCAUCGAGCACUUAACCCGACCUUCAAUGAAGACAAAUUAUCAACUAUUGCAAAACCAGAAAAAAGGUGCAACAUUGGAAGCAACCAGCAAAAUCUAUGGAACAUCUGUGAAAACUCAGUCUGCCCUAAUCACCACCUUUCCAACCAAGAGGAGCAGCAGAACAAUCUGGAGUGUUUACAGUGUAAAGAGCUUCCUCCUCCUCCUCCUCCUUCUCCUUCCCCAUCUCAGCUCAACAGACAGUUUCCUCUGCAGUCGAAUGGGAAAACGGACCUGCUGGGCCUGGCACACAGCCCCAUAGUGCAGGAGCUGACUGACCUGGAGACACACAUACAGAUCAUCAAGCAGCAGCUGCAGCUGGCCAUGAAGAAGAAAAAGGAGCUGGAACAGUACCAGAGAACCAACAUGGAACCCGAGUCCUAGAGCAGGAUCUGUAGCUGUUUUUGGAAUGUCUGUGACUCUGCAAAAAAAAAAAACUUAUCAGUGGAUUAUUUUGCUUCCUAGGUCGAAGCUUUUGAUGUUCUUCUGCACAUAUUUUUAAAAGAGCAUUUUAUUUUUCUCUUUGUUAUUCAGCUUUCUCUUUUUUGAAUGCUCUUCAAAAAGGCAUAUUUCCGGUCUAAACGAUGUGAGAGGAUGGACAAGGCAAUGAGGAGUUUGGAUACAAACGCUUUCUCUGAGCUCUUCAUUAACUGGA